AAUUAAAACACGCACGCACUCUCUCUCUCUCUCUCGUGAGUUUUCCUCGCUCUUUUCUCCGCUUUGGGAUCAUGCUCUGCGAAAAUGGGUGUGAGCAGAGCUUUGCUUCGGUAUCUGGUGUCAUUGUCUUUGAUCAUCCACGCAGCAGUGACCACAGCCAACUUCUUCAAGCCAUUCAACGUGAGCUACGAUCACAGGGCGCUCAUCAUUGAUGGCAAGCGCCGCAUGCUCAUCUCCGCCGGCUUCCACUACCCCCGCGCCACUCCUGAGAUGUGGCCUGAUCUGAUUGCAAAGAGCAAGAAAGGAGGAGCAGAUGUGAUCCAAACUUAUGUCUUUUGGAAUGGGCAUGAGCCAGUGAGAGGACAGUAUUACUUUGAGGGGAGAUAUGAUAUCAUCAAGUUCGUGAAGCUUGUGGGAGCCAGUGGACUCUAUCUCCAUCUUCGUAUAGGACCUUAUGUUUGCGCUGAAUGGAAUUUUGGGGGCUUUCCAGUGUGGCUGCGCGAUGUCCCUGGAAUCGAAUUUCGAACAGAUAAUGUACCUUUCAAGGAGGAGAUGGAACGGUUUGUUAAAAAGAUUGUGAAGCUAAUGCAAGAGGAAAUGCUAUUUUCUUGGCAAGGUGGUCCAAUCAUUAUGUUGCAGAUUGAGAACGAAUAUGGAGACAUAGAAAGUGCAUAUCACCAGAGAGGGAAGGAAUAUGUUAAAUGGGCUGCUCAGAUGGCUUUAGGUCUUGGUGCUGGGGUUCCAUGGGUCAUGUGCAAGCAAUCAGAUGCUCCAGAUAAUAUUAUAAAUGCCUGCAAUGGAUACUAUUGUGAUGGUUUCAAGCCAAAUUCCCCUAACAAGCCAGUAUUUUGGACAGAGGACUGGGAUGGAUGGUAUACAAAAUGGGGUGGAAGAUUACCUCAUAGACCUGCUGAAGACCUUGCAUUUGCAGUUGCACGCUUUUUCCAACGUGGAGGAAGCUUUCAAAACUAUUAUAUGUAUUUUGGUGGAACAAACUUCAACCGCACUUCUGGUGGCCCAUUCUAUGUUACUAGCUAUGAUUAUGAUGCUCCAAUUGAUGAAUAUGGUCUACUAAGUGAGCCUAAAUGGGGGCAUCUGAAGGACCUGCACGCUGCUAUAAAGCUUUGCGAACCUGCUCUAGUUGCUGCUGAUUCACCUCAGUACAUAAAAUUGGGACCAAAGCAGGAGGCACAUGUGUACCAUGUAGAUACUAACACUGAAGGACUGAACUUAACUCAGUAUGGAAGCCAGAGCAGGUGCUCUGCAUUUCUUGCAAACAUUGAUGAACGAAAAGCAGCUGUUGUAAGAUUUCUUGGUCAAACGUAUCAUUUACCACCAUGGUCAGUCAGUAUUCUACCAGACUGCAGAAACACGGUGUUCAAUACUGCCAAGGUGGGGGCACAAACUUCAAUCAAAACGGUAGAGUUUGAGUUGCCUCUUUUCUCAAAUAUUUCUGCAUGCCAACAAUUCACAGUUCAUGAUGAAGUUUCCUAUUUCUCAAAAUCCUGGAUGACUGUAAAAGAGCCAAUUGGUAUUUGGAGCAAGAAAAUCUUUUCUGUCCAAGGCAUAUUGGAGCAUUUAAAUGUGACAAAGGACCAUUCUGAUUAUCUAUGGUAUAUAACCAGAAUCUAUGUUUCUGAUGACGACAUCACAUUCUGGGAGGAAAAGCAAGUGAGACCAACACUUACAAUUGAUAGCAUGCGAGAUGUGUUGCGUGUAUUUAUUAAUGGCCAGCUUACAGGCAGUGUGAUUGGUCGCUGGGUCAAGGUGGUUCAGCCUGUUCGGUUUGUCCAAGGAUACAAUGAUUUGGUGUUAUUAUCUGAGACGGUGGGUUUACAGAACUAUGGCGCCUUCUUGGAGAAAGAUGGGGCAGGAUUUAGAGGGCAAAUCAAGCUUACUGGAUUUAAGAAUGGAGAUAUUGACCUCUCAACGUUGUCAUGGACCUACCAGGUUGGGCUUAAGGGAGAGUUCUCUAGUAUAUACACGGUGGAAGAAAAUGAAAAGGCAGGAUGGAGUGAUUUGACGGUUGAUGCUAUCCCAGCCACAUUUACCUGGUACAAGACUCACUUCAAUACCCCUGAUGGCACGGAUCCAGUUGCUCUUGAUUUGGGAAGCAUGGGAAAGGGGCAAGCAUGGGUCAACGGUCACCACAUAGGAAGAUACUGGACUCUGGUUGCUCCAAAAGAUGGAUGCCAGAGAACAUGUGAUUAUCGUGGGCCAUACAACUCGGACAAGUGCACAACAAACUGUGGGAAGCCCACUCAAACCCGGUACCAUGUACCACGGUCAUGGCUAAAGGCAUCAGAUAAUUUACUUGUCAUCUUUGAAGAAACUGGUGGGAAUCCAUUUGAUAUUUCAAUUGAGUUACAUUCUGUCCGAAUCAUCUGCGGUCAAGUGUCAGAGUCCCACUAUCCACCUCUCUGGAAGUGGUCCCAGCCAGAUUUUUCUGAUGGAAGUAUAUCCAUUAACAACACAACACCAGAACUUCACUUGCGGUGUGAUGAUGAGCAUGUAAUUGCCUCCAUAGAAUUUGCUGGCUAUGGAACUCCUCAAGGUAGCUGCCAAAAGUUUUCUAAAGGCAACUGCCAUGCUCCCAGUUCAUUGUCUGUAGUCUCUGAGGCUUGCCUGGGAAGAAAGAGCUGUUUUGUUGGAAUUUCAAACUCUAUAUUUAGUGGUGACCCAUGCCAUGGUGUUGUCAAGACUUUGGCUGUUGAGGCAAGAUGUGCGUCAUCAUCAAAUACUCUUGGUGCCUCUAAGCUUUGAAGUAAGAAGCAGGAGCAACAUUUUGCAACCUCAGAACCAUUGAUACAGCGCAACGAACUAGUAUCUAUCUCAUUAGAGAAACUGCCAAAAUCUUGGGAAGUCUAAUGAUUUUGAUAUGAUUGUUGUGCUGGAAUCUGUUCAGCUUUAUCCUCUAGAUUUGGGGCUUUGCAUAUAACUUGAGAUUAAGUCUAAUACUCAUUGUACAUAAAAUAAGAAGCCUAAAGCAACAAACCAUUAAUCACAACCAAAUGGAUCUUGCUCUGCAUGGAUUCUUCAACGUGUAUAUAUCUGCCUCUCUGGAGUGGAAAGUAUGUAAAAAUAUAAAUUACUAAUCAUAUUUUGAGUGUCUGUGAGUGUGUAUUUGUGUGUAUAAUUCAGAGGACCAAGGUAUAAAAUAAUUACAACCUUGUUCUUAUUGAUGGAACGAGUUGUAGAAGAGACAAUAUAAUUAUCUCCCAUUCCAUGUCA